GAUUCCACCUUCCUCUCCAUGGUUCCUUUCCAUAACUCUCGGAGGUGCGGAUUCCGCCCCGCCCCGCGCCCCGCCCCUCCCGGCGCCCCGCCCUGCCCCGCCAGCCCUCGGCUUGCGGUCCGGCGCCGCCCGCCCGGGAGCGCUGGCUCGGAGAAAUGGACCAAUUUUGACAAGAUGUAGUGCUGCCACGUGCCUGAUGGGAUAUGUUCAAUCAUGGCCUCCGAACUUUGUAAGACGAUAUCUGUGGCAAGGCUGGAAAAGCACAAGAAUUUGUUCUUAAACUAUAGAAACCUACACCACUUUCCACUGGAGUUACUGAAGGAUGAGGGACUACAGUACUUGGAGAGACUUUAUAUGAAAAGGAAUUCCAUUACAACCUUGCCAGAAAACCUUGCUCAGAAGCUUCCGAACCUUGUGGAACUGUACCUUCAUUCAAAUAACAUAGUUGUGGUUCCAGAAGCUAUUGGGUCCCUUGUAAAACUUCAGUGUUUGGAUCUUAGUGACAAUGCCUUGGAAAUUGUCUGCCCAGAAAUUGGUCGUCUGAGAGCUUUACGUCAUCUUCGAUUAGCUAAUAACCAACUGCAAUUCCUACCUCCAGAGGUUGGCGAUUUGAAGGAGCUGCAGACACUAGACAUUUCUACCAAUCGUUUGCUAACUUUACCCGAGAGGCUUCACCUGUGCCUUUCUCUGCAGUACCUCACUGUGGACCGAAAUCUUCUAUGGUGUGUGCCGCGCCACCUCUGCCAGCUGCCCAGCCUCAACGAGCUCUCCAUGGCUGGAAACCGUCUUGCAUUUUUGCCACUUGAUUUAGGUCGAUCUCGAGAACUGCAGUAUGUGUACGUGGAUAACAACAUUCACCUGAAAGGCUUGCCAUCCUAUCUGUACAACAAAGUCAUUGGGUGCAGUGGCUGUGGGGCUCCCAUUCAAGUUGCUGAGGUGAAGUUGCUGUCUUUUUCAUCGGGACAACUCACCGUUUUCCUCCCAGCUGAGGUGAAGGCCAUUGGGACAGAAAGAGACCACAUCCUGCCUCUGCAGGAGCUGGCCAUGCGGAGUCUGCAUCAUACCUGCCACCGCCUGCUGAAGGAUUUGAACUUUCUGUCUCCAAUCUCAUUACCCAGAAGUCUCCUGGAGCUGCUGCACUGUCCCCUGGGACACUGUCACCGGUGUAGUGAGCCCAUGUUUACGAUUGUCUAUCCCAAGCUCUUUCCCUUGAGAGAGACGCCAAUGGCAGGGCUGCACCAAGGGAGGACAACUGUGAGUUUUGUGGCUUACUGCUGCUCCACUCAGUGCCUGCAGACUUUUGACCUACUGAGUUGAUAAACACAAGAGCCUCAGGAAUGUUGCCAGCUUGACACCAGGGUCACCUGCACAUUUUCACUGUCCAGGCCCAAAGGGCCCUUCCAUCCUGUCUUGCCAGAGGCUGGGAGGGGGCCGCAGAACUCUCUGAAAUGUCAAGACUGAGCUUCAGGGCCAAGAAUGCCCUCACCCUUCCCUCAAGUUGGAAUAUAUCCUCUCCCCCCAAAUCAAGUUCUCUGCUUUGUUUUUCCUUUAAUAUGUGCAUGUCUCCUGCGUGAACUUACUUAGCUUGAUGUGGUCUCCCCAAACUGAAUUCAGAGCAAGUCUCAGCUCCCUGAAGAACUAUAAUUUGAUAAUAUAGUCAAAUUAACUUCUGAACACACACCUUGAAUCUUCUCUCUCUCUCUCUCUUUAGUUUUCCCCCCAGAGGAUGAUUUCCCCCAGAGGUUACUCUCUAUGUUUUUAAUCAGUUUUAGCAGGCUUGCGGCCUCAGUGAUAGGAAGUGCAGGGGAGGGGGCGCCUGAGUUGGCUGUGCAGUUAGGCUCAAUGGAGGCUCCAUAAGGGCCCUAACAGGCACUACUAGAAAACUCUAACCUGUUUCUACUACAGCACAUCACAACACGUCCAGGAGGGUUUUAAACAUCUGACUUAGGUUGUAAAUGAACUGCACUGUUAUCUUAAAAAGAUACUCUCUGAUAAUAAUUUUUGGCGAUGUUUAUUUCCUGACAAGAUUUUAUAUGAGACUAGUUUUAGGAAUAAUUGAAACUUGAAAAAAAAUCAGAUCCCUUUAUUUCUAGAUUUAAAUAUUUUCUAGUAAUAAGAAAGGGGAAGGAAAACACACACACACACACACACACACACACACACAUACACACACACACACUAUUGCAUGCUCUCCUAUAUCUCUUCUUGGGCAGGCUUGAUAAGUUUAUAUUCACAUUGACUGAAAUAUUUGUGAGACAUGUAAAAGGUGAGCUGUAGUUACUUUUGCAACUAAUUUUUAGUAGAGUGUUUCUAAGUACAGCCUGUGGACAUUUCUUUAACUACUUGGUGCAUUUGACUGUUUUCAUUUUGACCCUUGAUUUCUUAUAUACUUAACACAUUCAUUGUCCAGAUAACAGUGAGGGGGAAAAAAAUCAGCCUUGAACUUCUGCAAAAAAAUAAAUAAAUAAAUAAAGAUCCUCAAGGAAAGUCUGUAAGGUUAGUUUCUGGCAGAAAGAAAUACUACAAAUGGGGGAGUCACGUAGGGUUAGGGCAUUUGGGCACUGCUUGGCUGCCAGAUACUCUUCUGAUGCUGUGAGGUAGCUUUUUAUUUAUUUUUUUCAUUUUAUUUUAAUUUCAUAGUUUGUCUCUUAGGAUAGAAAGAGGCAACCAAGAAUAUUUGCUUGGCAGGAAAAUAAUUUUCAAAAAAUUUCAGAUGUCUAAAAUGAUGGUUUCUGGAGUUUUAUUAGCUGCCCUAAAUCUGUAAUGGGAAGCUCUCACAGCACUGAAAACUCGACAGUUACUGGCGUAUGUGUGAUCUUUUCAACCACACCACCUGCUGCCCGGAAAGCAGAUUGUCUACAUACAACAGUAAAGGCAGAGCGUUACCGGGUGUCCCCACUGUCUUUCCACUGUUCUUACUUCCUCUUGUCCCUUUCAUAACUUGGCCUGUUCAGCCUUAACAUUUCAAAAGCUGGUAGUAUAAUGGGAACUGAAGCACUACAUCAAAAUGUAACCCUUCUUUCAUUCUUGGGGAUAAUUGAAGUUUUCUCAUAACCUCUACAUGUUGAUAAGUCGACAAGUGAAAAAUGUGGCAUGAAACUUUGCACAUCAUUCAGGCCUACCUGUCAUUUAGAUGAUAGUCAAUGUAUCACAACAGUUUUCUGUUUCACCCUCUACAAUCACAUGUCUUCAAGUGGAACUAUGAAGUGUACUAACCUGAUAUUCAGGGUACUCACUGGAGUCAGGGUAUUUAAUACUUUUUUUGUCUUGACAUUUUACAAAGACACAACCCAAGCAUCAUCCUCUAUGAUAAACUAUUGUUCAUUGAUCACUGGCAGUGGUGGUGGACAGAUUACCAUUAGCUGUUCUUAGCCUUAGUCCUUAGUGUAGCAUGCAGCUAGGUUUCUGAGAAAUGGGACUUAAAGGUUGACUUCCCUGGUGUUGUUCAUUAACAGAAAAUUUGUACUGGAUUUAUACUCAUCAAAAGGCUAACCUUUUUUCUCCCAUUUAAAAAGUUAUUUAAAAAGGCUAACCUUUUGAUACCAUAAAGGGAUGUUGUGGACUGGAGAAAUUCUGCCUAUAUGAUAUAGGUGUAUGUGUCCAGAGCUUUGCACAAAAGCUAAUUCUGAAGUUACUAUGUAUGUUGUUUUGUUGAGCAGCAGUUUUACUGCGAGAACCCUCUAUGCACAUAUAGUAAUGCCAAAAAAAAAAAGUGGGCUACUUUGAAAAUAUUGGCUCUUCAGGUAAGUGGAUAUCAAGAAUCUGAUGUGUUGUUAAUGACAAAAUUCAGGAGGACCUGUUGAACACAGGUCUUCCCAAUCACAUUUAAAAGAGGGUCAUUUUGGGGGGUCAGGCAGUAGUGCAGCUGGUUAAGCGCACAUGGCACGAAGCACAAGGACUGGCGUAAGGAUCCCAGUUUGAGCCCCCGGCUCCCCACCUGCAGGGGAGGUUGCUUCACAAGCGGUGAAGCAGGUCUGCAGGUGUCUUUCCUCUUCUCUGUCUUCCCCUCCUCUUUUCUUUCUGUCCUAACCAACAACAACGACAUCAGUAACAACAAUAAUAAUAGCCACAACAAUGAUAAAACAACAAGGACAACAAAAAGGGAAAAAAAAAUAGUCUCCAGAGGCAGUGGAUUCGUGGUGCAGGCACUGAGCCCCAGCAAUAACCCUAGAGGCAAAAAAAAAAAAAAAAAGAUCAUUUUAAGUUGAUUGCCCUGUCAGUGUUCUUCAGAAUCCCUUAAUUGCUACCACACCAAGUCCAUGCUUAGAUAAUGUUUUUGGAUGAAUAGUUGCAUCUUUGAUAAUAAAAAGAAUAUAUUUUGAACACA